UGAGGUGUUGAUCUGAACACUGUGUUAUCCUGCUUUUCGAGUGUCUCUGUCGUCCCUUAUCUUUACACGUCUAGUCUCCGCGAUACAAUGGACAGAUAGGCGUGAGAUGUGUCAACUGUCUAUACUUUGUCCAACAAACACGAGUCAUCAUGGUAGCUGCACCGUUAGCCAUUCGAAAGCAUACAUGCGUGUACCAUGGUUUCGACACAGUAUUCAACACUUCCGCUGUAGAGAUACCCUAUGUGGGUACGGAUCUGCACCAUGGACAUGGGCGACGGGAGCAGGACCGUGGAACAGAUACAGAGCUCGACACCUCACGCCGAACUGCCUCAUUCGGAGACGGCCAACGGGAGCACAACCGUGGAAUGCAUACAGAGCUCGACACUUCACGGCGAAUUGCUGCAUAUGGAGAUGCGUACUGCUGGCUCGUGUGGGCGAUGUUCCACGUCGUUCCGUGGUACCAGAGACCCGGACGUGUCGUGUCAUGUCGAGGCGCGUGUGAUCGUUUCGUCUGCAGGAGUACAACCGUGGUUUGGCCACCGUCUUCGAUGGUUGUGAGUCGAACAUGCCCCUUGUGGCCGCCGUGGCGAUUUAAAAUGAGACUUCAACCGUGGAAGUACCGCAGUCGGCCACGUUUUGGGGCAAACUUGCCUUGUGCGGACGGUCUGGUUGCUAGCUCGCGUGGCGCUUCUCUACAGUGACCAUGGGACGCAAUCUGUCAUGGGGGCCAUGUUUCGCAUCACGGGGUUGUCUCCAGAUGUUGAACCGCGGUAGCUGUACUGCGACAGAUGCUUUCGAUGAUAACUUGCCCGAUGCGGCUGCAUGUGAAGAUUGUGUGGGGGAAGGCAACCGUGGAAUGUUGGCAGUUUUCCAUGGCUUCUUCAGGAUUGCCUGAAUGCGUAACUACACUAAUUAUAGGGG